GCGGAAGAAACAAACGUCAUUUGCCAGGAAUGUCAAUUCUCUAUUUUCCUCCGCUAUUUAUCGUUUUAUUUGUGAAUUAAAGUUAUUUAAUAUGUCUACGAGAAGCAAAAGAAUAAUAUAUUCAGAAGCUGAUUGUCAUACGCUUGUGGAUAUAAUUAUUUCUCAUAAGAAUAUUAUCGAAUGUAAGAAAACAGAUGCCACAACUUGGAAAGAGAAGGUGAGUGAUUAUUUCUAUAAAUUCUUAGUAAAAAAUCUACAUGUGGAGUAUAUUUUAGAUAACUGCAUGGGCAAAAAUAGCAGAUAUUUAUAAUGCCACUACUAUGGAGCCAAGAACAGCUGAACAGUUACGUUGCAAAUACGAUAACCUAAAAAAAGAAGUGCGCAAGCUCGAGGCUCACAAAAGACAAGCGUUAUAUCAGACUGGUGGUGGUGUGAGCGAACCUGAUAUAAAAGAUACAUUGCAGCAAGCUUUAGAAGAAGAUAUUCUAUUUGAUAACCUGCCAAAAGAGACAGUUGCUGAACAAAAAAAUGAUAUUUUUAAGAAUAGUGAAUCUGAAGUAAAAGAAAACGAAAUGGUGACAGAAACAAAGAAAGAUCCUGAAAUUAAGAAAGACUGGUCAGAUUACACUCCUAAAAUGUUACGAAGCAAAAGACAUAGAGUAUUACAAGUGAAGAGAAAGGCAACUGAUCACCAAAGUGAAGAUGAUAAACAAAAUUUAAAGAGGAAAUUAAUGGAGGAGGAAGCCCAAAGAAAUAAGGAAUAUCAUAUUGCACGUAUGGAACGAGAAGCAGAAAUCCAUAAGUACAAAAUAGAAAAUAUAAGAUUGCAAAAUGCAAAAUUGCUAUUGGAGAUAGAGUUGCUAAAAAAACAAUUAUAAAGGAAAUAAAAGUUUAGUUAUAC